AUGGAAAGUAGUUUAGACUCUAAAUUUUAUGAUGAAGAAGUUGACCUCAUUGUUGCAUCUUUGCUAUCCUGUUUUUCUGGUUUGGAUUAUCUUGAUCGAUUGAAUGGCGAUGAAGUUAGACUUGCUGAUAUUUUUCCAUCCAAUAAAAUUGUACUACUUUCGACAUGGCCUGUUGUCAGUUCUGAGGCCAAAGGUCCUGUUAUACUUGGAGCAACUUGUCCUUUUGUCAAUUCAAUCAAAGUGUUGCCAGUAUAUUCUCAAGAUAUAAUCAGCAAGGUUUCUGGAGCACAGGAAUCACGCCCUAUUCAAAUUGGUCACUCUUUUGAUAUUAUGUCCUUGUUGUCGGGUUUGAGCUACCUUGAUCGGAAUAAUCUGGGCAACAAGGUUGUAGUUCAGGAGGAAACCUUUAUCGGAAAAUAUAUCAUGCUUUGCUGUGUUCAUGUGCCUAUCUUUCUUGACUCCUCUGAUUCAAGAUGGAUGCAGGAGCUAGUUAACAUGUGUUUCGAUCUGUAUGCUACAAGAAAUGAUUUUGAGAUGGUUGUGACUGUAAAGAUGAGUUCCAUGGCAGAUUAUGAGGUAGUUUUUAAUCACUUCUUGUCCGCUUUACCCUCUUGUCUUGUGAUACCAUACAAGGAAUCAAUGCAUCGCGACUUCAUAUGCAAGUAUCUUGACUUGGUUGAUUCUUGGUAUAUUAAAUGUCUCAUUUUGGAUGCCGAUGUCAACAGAAAGGUUUUAUUUUAUGGAUUUCCUUACAGCUUUGUCCACCGUUGUGGAACUGAUGCCUUUCCCUUUACUAAAGAAAAAAUCUCGGAAGUAAUUGACAAGGACAAAACUUCUACAUUGAGUCUCGAAGGACUCUUGGGGUGCAAUUCCUCUUAUGUUCUUGAAGAUUACAACAAGAAAAAGAUUACCAUCUCAGAACUUAACAAGAACGUUGUUGCAUUCUACUUGUGCGUUGAUGGAAGUUUUGCUUCAACUCUCCACGAUAUUCAUCAACAAUGUAUAAAAGCUCAGCUGCCGUUUGAGAUUGUGAUGGUCUAUGUGCCUUUUAUCACCCGCCUUGACCCUCAGGUUCACAAGGAUAAAAUUGAUAGAUUGUUAAAGAAGAAGGGGAUAUCGAUGUCAUGGUGGCGCUUGCCCUUCAAUAUCAAUGUUUGCCAAAAGUUUUGCCGACUUAUGGGCUCUGAUCGUGAUGACUUUAAGGUCAUGAUAGUAGGACCUGAUAAUGAAUAUGUGGAUAAGUAUGCAGGGGAAAUCCUGAAAGAAUGCAAUGUUGAGUGUUAUCCGUUCACUAGGGAGGCCUUGCUCCAGAAGGAACUGAAGCAACUUGAAGAACUCACCUUGGAGUCGUUGUUGGUUACUGGGUCAACAAAUUAUGUUUAUAAAGGCAACACGACGUUUCCUCUGUCUCGUCUCCAAGGAAAGAAUGUCCUUGUUUAUUAUAUGUCUGCUGAAGACCACGGUCCUGAUUAUUAUCAUUUAGUGUUAAAAUGGUAUCAUGAGAUUAAGGCAGAUGUCGGUGAUCUUGAAGUGGUGGUUGUUAGGUUAACUAAUGUGUUAUUUGAAAAUUAUGAUGAUCUCGAAGUAGCUGAAUCCAUGGAGCCUUUGUGUGUAUGUCCCUAUGAUCCUGAGCCCUCAGAAUUUUUAGUGAAAAGAAUAUUUAUCAGGUAUAACUAUGACAUUGCACCUGAAACCUUGCUUAAAUUUGGAUCAGAUGGAAAGAUUUGUUCUUUUCGAGCUCAUAAUCACCUUUAUGAUUGUGGAUCCAAGGCUUUUCGAGAAUUGGGCAGUCUUCAUCUACGCCAAGAUGUCAUUACAGAUUUGAAGGAAUCCUAA